AUGGAUGAGAAGCAUUUAAAAGCAAGCUUAAUGAAGUAUUUCGGAGAAACAACAGCAAAAGUAACCAAAGAAACAACCGAAGAUGAAAUCAAACGUCUCUAUGCUGCACGGUCAGCAACAUAUGACGAGGUACUCUAAAAUAGUAACAUAAUAAUAAUAAGGGUCUGGGGGACGAUGUGGCACAUUGCUGUCUGACCCACCGGACACCUGAUGCGUCAUUCAGGGUUGCGUUUCUCGAAUGUUCCAUUGCUACUAGAACAUUCGGGCCCGCUGCAACAUUCCUAGAUCUUAAUUAAGGGAAUAAUAGUGCAGUCUUAGUAUAGGUAAUCAUAUGAUUUGGAGUGCAAUUUGGAAUUUGGAGCGCAAUUUGGAAUUUGGAGUGCCAAUUUGUGGUCUUUGAAAAGAUUUACAUGUGCUUAUUUAAUCCAAACUGCACGAGGAAAAUCGUGUGAUUACGUAUUUAUAACAUACAUGAAAAAAUACGAGAUAGUUUAUCAUAAUCAUGCAGAAGCAAAGCGCGCGCAUCAAGUGCAAAAAUAACUUAUUUAAACCCUGCAAGUGACAUUAUGCGUGCGGUCAAAACAACCGCAUGCGAUCAAAACAAUAACAUACAAUGAUAUUUUCACAUCUUUAAGGCGCAAAAAAGUUCAAAGUCCGGUUAAACAGUUCAAGGAUAUUGUGCGGUCUGGUUUGGCACUGAAUUAACUCUCUUCUGCAUUGAAUUACCUUAAUUAACCAAUCAGAACUGAGUAAUUUUCUCAUGUAUCUUAUUAGCUAAAAAACUAGUUUAUUAUACCUUGUUGCCCAACAUUUCUUUCGUUUAAGUUCAAAUUUUUUAAACUAAAAUCUCGAUUUUGAUUGAAAACAGAUCAGCUUUUCGAGUCCGUAAAGUUACCGGAGCUCUCGAGGAAAAGGGGCCCAAGGCGACACCAGACUUGUGUCGUCUUUAUCGAACAUCUCUAAUCGUAAUAACCGGCUUGAACUUUCUCAUCUUAUAGGAACAUUCAGCGGCGCGCACUUAAUAUAUCACAAGCCACUGGCCGAAUCUUUGCAUAAAGCCCUUAAAGAAAUUUACCAGGACAAACCAAUGAAUCAGAUCAAAAUCAUUGACGCUGGAGCUGGGACAGGUCUGAUUGGAGUUGAGCUCAAGAAACUCGGAUACACCAACCUAUGUGCUUUGAACAUCUCAGCUGAGAUGUUAACGGAAGCAAAGAAGAAAGAGGUCUAUACUGAAUUCAUCUGCAUGUCUUUGAACGGGCAGCCGAUACCUCAGAUUAAAUCUAGGCAAUUCGAUGCUUUGAUUUGUGGUGGGGCGCUCAUUACAGGACGUAUCGGCUCAUCUGCUUUCGUGGAGAUGAUAAGAAUGGUUCAAACUGGUGGGUCUGAGUAUGAUUUUAGAUUGAGGACCUAACAUGUAAAAUAUUCUCACAAGUUUUUUGCUGGUUUGUUUUUGUUUUCUUUGAAAACUCAAAUCAUGAGAUAGAUCAGAUAAUGAAAACUCACGUAACAACCUUCUUGAUAAAUUCCCUUAACAUCUGGCAUCUGACCCUCAAAUCAUCUGCUGAGGUCAAAUCCUCUCUCUGCAAAUUCGCUUAAAGAAUUUUUUGAUGUAUCAAGAUCACGCCCCCAAGCUGGUCUCAACUUCUCUUUGGAUGAUGUCACAGGUUAACGGUUAACCAACUCUUUGAGUUAAAUCUAGUGAAAAAGUGGACAAAUAGGAAAAUAUAAUGGAAAUUUCCUAUGAUAAAACCUUACAAGAUCCACACUAAAUUCCAAUGCUAACUUCUUUGCAGAUGGCGUUCUCUGUUUCAACAUAAUGAAAGAGGAAUUAGAACACUAUCAAGAAAUGAUGACGGAGCUGGAAAAAGCUGGCGAAUGGACGUGCAUGUCCAAAGAGUCUUCACCGUUCUAUGCAGCCGAGGACUUGCCCAGUGAAUGCUGGGGGUUCGUUUAA